UAAUGUUCUAUAUGGGCUAUAUACAAUAAUAAGACUAGCUUUAAAGUUAAACUCACCACCGUUUCACUGAAACGUUGCAAUAAUAAUGCAGGAUCAGGAUUUGAAUAGUUUGCAAUUAGAUCAGAUUUACAAGGCAUUUGAUAUUGCUCAAGAAACAUUUGAUGCUCCCGGGAAGAUUUUAGUUUUGGUGACGAAAGAGUUUUACAGAAAAGCCAUUGAGUUUACAAGAGAUAACUUCCUUACAAAAGAACCAAUAAACCGAUCUUUAAACGUACAGUAUACGUCCGAAUAUGAAGGUUAUUGGAUAACAACAAUGAAACAGAAUUUAUCGCUAAUGAUUAUUGCCAAAGAAACUGAAGACGUUGUUGCAAUCAUUAGGAUAAAGGUCCAAUGUAAAGACGACAGAUCAGCUUUAACUGGCAUACCAGCAAAACCUACACAACAGAAACACUUAAUCACUUCGUAUUGUUCAAGUAAAGCGGAUUUCUUCGGAUAUUAUGGAACGACACAAGCACUUCAUUUUGUUGGGCUUACGGUUUCACAAAAAUAUCAAAAGCAAGGAAUGGCAUCUAAAAUUGUUAAUUCUGCAUUGUGUAUGAUCCGAAACCUUGAAAUCAAGCCAAUAUAUGUUAAAACCGAGUCUGCGUCAAUUUAUGCACAGAAAAUAUUUGAAAAGGCAGGAUUUGAGAUUUUAUUUGAACAGCCAUUUGACAAAUGGACUGUCGAUGGAAAACAAUUAAUUGAUAACACAGGUGUGCAUGAAUCAAGAAAAAACUAUGGCUUGAAAGUCUAGGCUUUAGGAAAGUAUAUACGGGUAUAUGAACAGAAAUAUUGAUAAUGUUUAUACAAGCAUAAAUCAUUUUACUUUUAUAUCAUUUAGAGCAUAACGUUGUUAUGUAAUCAAUACGUAUGUUUAGUGUAUAAACUUAAAGAUGCAUUUCAUAAUGCAACAUUAACUUUCAAACUUACCGCAUAUAUAUACGUAAAGAUGUAUUUAAAGUAUAUGGUUGAUUGAUUUUUCGAUAUCUAUCGUUUGGUAUGUACGAACCUAUUUGAUAUUAAUGUAUUAACUUUAUGUAUAAAUAUUUGUAAUCGUCAUAGAUGUGGUUUGCACUGGUCUUAUAAGUAGAUGCAAUUGCAGUCAGCAGGCAAUGGAUUUAAUGAAUAUUUAACAUCGAUAUUAUCAAAGUUUACGCUCCAUUCUCAGCUCGCUGAGACGUGAAACAUUCGGCCGAUGCGCAGGAGGGUACAUCAAGUUAUACAAAACGGAAUUGUUAAUAUCGAUAUAUUAUACCUAUGUUGUAUAAAACAAACAUGUAUUCUUCAUGGUUUCUUGAAAGUAUCGGGAGCACUAUCGUUUUAUAAUCCUUAAUACUGGAUGAUGUAUCAAUAAAGCUUUCCUGUCUGAGUGGUUAAGGUAGCUGACUUCAAACAAUUUACCCAUCACUGCUGUGGAUUCGAUUCCCAACAGAUACUUUAGAUUCUUUAAUUCAUCCAAGAAAAUUAUCCUAAAUUAAUCUUCGUUGCGUUCUACUUAAUAUGUAUCCACUCGUGCCUGAAUUAAUUACAGGUAAAGCUGGAAAGUCGCCUAUAACCUCUACUGUGUUGGUAUGACGUUAAACCGACGUUUCUCGUUAAAGUUGUGCAGCAAUCCUUCGAGGUGUGUGUGUUCACGCGCGCGUGCGUACGCAAGUGUCCGUAAGGUGGGUGCGUGCGUACAUUCGUGUUGGAAACUAUCUCGUAGAUAGGAAUAUGCAUACAAAAUUCUUGAGUUACGUGUAAAUAAUUCUUAAAUGAGUGAACCAUAUACCACCAUGACAAUGGUUUUAUUUAUACCAUUUUUGUUAAGCUCUUCAAUUUACUGUAACGUUAUAUUGUUGCCAUAAGUAAUUUAAGGAAACAAUCAAAUACGUAUACUCCUAUGACUUUACAAAUAUCACUUUUAUCAACUACCUAAAUAAUCUAAUAGACCUGUUUUAUCUUAUUGUUACUGUUGAACAUAUAUAAUGUCUUUUGGCUGCGUCUUAUAUUGCUCUCUUUACUUUUAGUCUUAUGGCCAGUCUUCGGUAUUAAUUUACCAAUAGACUAACAUUAUAAUAAAUGACCACUAAACCAACCUUAAAAUUGAGUAUUCAUGCUAAAGAUGUGAAUUUUUCUAGAAGAUGUCAGACGCAUUUAAAUUAUCUUGUUGACCGACCUAAUCUUUCGCAAAAUGUCCCCUUUUCACUGAAAAUUUUCCUGCUGACAAAUAUUUUUUAAAAUGCUAUUAUCCAAAUGAGAAAUUAUCCUAGACACUUAUGAAACAGUUCAUUUUCUUAAGAAAACAAUUCAGUGUUUGUUUCUAAAUAAUUUUUGUACUUGUAAACAUGACAUUUUCAUCUUAUCACCUGAUGUCCCAGUGAAUCUUACGCGUUUUCGCCAAUCGCAGACAAUGUUACAAUAAUCUGACCUUGUAAAUCUUUUUUCUGUCAAACAGCAGUUUUCGAAUGUCAGCGGGUUAAAUAUAUU